CGGUCCGGGCGGGGCCGACGACGACCCGGACCGACCUUGACCUGCGGGAUCCUCCGACCCCGGGGAGGGAGCAGGGGAGAGAUCUCUGUUUCUCAGCUCCUACAACUUCCAGGGACACCAUAGCCAAGCCUGAGGCGGAGGUCUCUAGAUUGGAAAGCAUCCAGCACGGUGUGAUUGCUGUGUUUCAGCGGAAAGGCCUCCCGGAGCACGGUCUCUACAACCUCAACGAGGGCGUCAGGCAGUUACUGAAGACAGAGCUGGGGUCGUUUUUCACGGAGUACUUGCAGAACCAGCUGCUGACCAAGGGCAUGGUGAUCCUCAGAGACAAGGUCCACUUUUACGAAGGCCAGAAGCUGCUGGAUUCGCUGGCGGAGACCUGGGAGUUUUUUUUCGGCCACGCCUUGCCGACGCUGCAGGCCAUUUUCUACCCGGUGCAGGGCAAGGAGCCCCCUCUGCGCCAGCGGGCGCUGCUGCACUUUCGGGACAUCAUCGCCCUCAACGUGCGGCUGGACGACGCCCUGGCACGGCCCCGCGCCCGAGUGCCCCCGGCUGUGAUCCAGAUGCUGCUGGUCCUCCAGGGGGUGCAUGAGUCCCAGGGCGUCACGGAGGAGUACCUGAAACUGGAGGCGCUGGUCCAGAAAGUGGUUUCCCCCUACCUGGGCACCUACGGACUCUACUCGAGAGACGGACCCUUCACACACUCCUGCCUCUUAGAGAAUCGGUUCUCCCGCCGCCCCAAGCCCGGCGAGGCGUUGGCCAAGAGCGCAGUGAGCCGCUCCAAGAGCUACAACCACCCGCUGCUAAUGCCCGUCGUGGAGUUCGAGGCCGAGGGCCCGGUGCCCAACUGCGGCCCGGCCGGCAGGAAGCGCUCCCUGUCCGAGAUGGCGUCCUGCCCGGAGCUCCAGGCCCUGCCCCGCCCGCCCCCCGCCCCGCCCGGCCCGGACCCCGGAGGCCACGGCCGGGACCCCGACCCCGACCCACCCCGGGACCCGGCCCCGGGCCCGGCUCCGUCCUCCAGCCCCGAGCUCGCCGUGGAUCGCAUCCUGGAGUCCCUCGACUCGGACGCCGAGGGGAUCUUCAUCGACUUCAGCCGGGGCCGGUCCGGCCCGGCGGGGGUCUGCCUGGAUGGGGGUCGGCAGAGCGUCGUGUGAAGGACGGCCCCGGCCGGACUCUAGUCCGCACCCAUGUGCAUACAGCUCGGCCGACGCACGGAGACGCCGACCUGUGGGUGCACCGUGGGUUGGGGUGGGGGGAACAGCAGAGCACCAUACUGGGCACCUGCUGUGGGCAGAGCACCGUUCUGGACACCUGCUGUGGGCAGAGCACUGUACUGAGCACCUGCUGUGGGCAGAGCACCGUACUGGGCACCUGCGGUGGACCAACAGGCAGAGAUGGAUGCAGGAAACACCCAGGUCUCCCAGGGAGCACCGGACCCCGGCGUUUCACCCCCACGCAGCCCCAGGGAUCCUCCCUCCCUCCGGUGCCCAGACCCGGGCCACGAAGGAAGCAGGACGGAGGGUGGACAGCUGUCCCCCGGCCCGUCGACAGCCGGCCCGGCUCCUGCCCCCCGGUCCGGCCUACAGCUCGGGCCUACGGGAGCCCUGCCCUGGAGAGAGGCGCCCCUGAAGUUUCGCGUGUUUACGCAGUUCCUUCUGCUCCCAACCUGUUUCGAAGGAAGAUCGUCCCGGGCCUGUGUCCCCCUGUAACAGAAACUCCUGGAUUUCCUGUGGAAAUUUCAAUUAAAUCCCACUGGUGGAGACACCACUCAGGAUCUGCUUCUCCCCAGUGUGCAGACGGUAUCAUGCUGGGCCCUCAGGUGGAAGUGGGUUAUGCUCUGGCCACCUACUUGGAGCAGAGCUCUGUACUGGGCGCCUUGCGGGGUGGAGAGCUGCUGUACUGAGAGCUUUGAAGGUGGAAAGAGGGGUGGUCUGUCUGCUAUCAAGGGGAAGGGAGUUGGAGGCUGGAGGGCGGUUGAAGGUGAGGGGCCCACAGUGAGAGAGACGAGAAUGAACCGCAGGGACUAGGAAUUACCAUUCUCCAACUCCCCCUCACUCCAGCCAUUCCCCAAAUCUGGAUCUUAGCGCUUUCGGAUGCCACCCACAGGGCUUUGCCAGAGAGCCCUCCUCCUCUCCCUUCGGGUUGGGGGCUGUGUCCGAUCUAAUUAUCCUGUAGAGGCCUCUGCCCAGUGCA